CGAACCCUGUUUAUUUUUGUAUUUUUGUUUAUUUUCGCGAAAAAAUGAUUAGAAUAUGUGCUUGUCAUGUGUUCCUCGUACGUAGUCGAUAAAUAUUCUCCGUAGAAGCUUCUGAAGCGUCUGAAGCUUUUAAAACUUUGUGGCUUUUAUCAAACUUAUAAGUUAGAACUUAAUUAUGGGUCCCGAAGACAGGAGCUAUAUUCUAGAAACCUACUGCGGGACAUGCCUCAGUAAGGACCGAAAACUCGUAAAUUGUUCUAAAUUAGUUAAGAAUAUGGAUAUAUACUUUGAAUCGAAAUUAAUGAAUCAUCUGAAUAAGUUCAGCCUUUGCUGGGAAUGUCAUCAGGUUUUACAGAAAGUGUACAAAUUUAAUAAACAAGCUAAGCAAGCCAUGUUAACGCUGGAUUUUUUAUUUAAGAACCGGAGUGAUGGGAAAUCAAUCCAAUUAAAGUCUCUAUCAGUUCUCCACGUGAAUACAAAAGCUGAUAAAAUAAACAUUGCUUCUCAAGUUUUUUUGGACAAUCAUGACAUUGCUGAAACUAGUAUUCCAAAAGAUGAAAAUGUAAAGGAAUCUGCUGUUAGCAAGCCUAAGGGUAAAAAGGUUAAAAGGAGGAGGAAGAGAUCUGCACCAUCAAAUGCAAAGAAAAAUUGUGAUCUCAUACUAAAACCAACUAAAGAGGAUUUGGAGAGUGAAAUACCGUGUUCUGUAUAUUACAAAAAGCCUGCUGAAGAUGAUGAUGAUGAUAAGAGUAAUAAUGAUGACAAUAUUGAUAGUAUUACACGGGAUGAUGAAAUGAUGCCCAUUGAAUUUAUAAAUUGUGAACUGGAUACGGAACUUUUAGAAUUUCCAAAACCUGAACCUGUACCCCAAUUGCCGGAGCCGCCCAAAUUAUUUCCUAAACCUGUUAAACGGGCAGACAUAAUUGAACCCGGUAGUCUGUCACCAGAAAAUGAACAUGCCAAAGUGAGAACUGACCUAAUCAAUUUAGUUGUUAGUAAAGAUAACCCGUUUAGUAUCGCCGAGACUAACAAUAUUGGUGCUGGCUUCAAAAUGUUGAAAGUUCAAAACACAGCGUUCCCUCUCAAAGUCACAUCCGGUCCUUCAAGCCACAACUUGCUCGUGAAGCCAGUUAAUGUUAUAUCAACAUCAAAGUCAGUUGUGGACAACUCUCUCGAUGUUGAGCGGGGUGAUUUGACACCUCACACAGUACAGGCUAGAACGAUAGAUUAUGUCGACAUGUUACAACUAAGAGAGAAAGAGAGACAAAAUGAUAUGUAUCAGGAAGCGACAUAUAAGUGUGAGAAAUGUUUAUUUGGAUACAAGAAUGCAAACUUCUUUAGGAUGCAUAUGAGACAACACGAUGAGGAGUACGGCUCAAUAAAGUGUGAUAUUUGUCAAUUGAGAUUUGACACUAAUGAAUUGUACGACCAGCACAAGAGAACCCAUUUCGUUUCGAAUAUCCAAGAAACAGAGAAAGAGAAGAAUAUUCUUAAGAACAAUGAUGAAGGAAAGAUAAAACAAGAUUUACUAAUGCUACGAUGUAAAUACAAACACUGUGGUAGAAUAUUUGACACCUAUAAGGACUUCAUAGACCAUGAAGCGGAAAAUCAUGAUUGGAUAAAGGAUAGAAAGCCAAAAUUCCGAUUCAAAUGUAGUGUGAAGAACUGUAAUAAGGCGUUCAGAUUCAAAAAUACACUGAAGAUACAUAUAAUGGAGGUUCACGAGAAAAAAAUAUUCCACUGCAAAAAAUGUAAUAGAACUUAUAAAUCGGGCAGCUCGUACAGAUCACAUUUGAUGACGUCGAAAAAUCAUGGGGUCACAGCAAGUUACGAAUGCGAUUACUGUGGAAAGAAAUUUAUCAUCAAAAGCUAUCUAGCUUUGCAUAUAAAUGUAGCGCAUACGAAAAUGACACAGUACCCGUGUGAUUUCUGCGAUGAGAAAUUUUACAGCUAUUAUGUAAAAAACCGCCAUAUGAAGACGAAGCAUCAUAGCACGCCAUUGAAACUUGUUGAAUGCAACAUUUGCGGGAAGACUUAUAAAUCUAAAGCGAUUUUGAGGAAACAUCAGUCUGUUCACACGGGUGAAAAGCCAUACCACUGUCCUUAUUGCGAUUGGAAGUUCACCCAAUGCUCCACGCUCAAGACGCAUUGCAAACUCAAACAUAAAGACAAACCAGUACCUGUUGUGAGGAAAACUGUCAAAACACAAAAUACCACAGAAGCAAAUAUAACAGAAAAUAAUAUAAUGGAUAUACCUAGAGACAGAUGAAGAUUCAGAAUCAAACUCCACAAGCGAUAAUUGAAACUAAUAUCAUAGAUUAAGGAUACUACGUAAAGUCCGUUCAAGAAUGAUCUUCAUAAAAGGUAAACAAAUAUGGCUGCCCAUAUUUUUUAUCUGUGUCAAACGGCAUGCUAGUGAAGUGCUGAAUUGAUUUUAGCUCAAGUUAUUUUAUCAAAAUGAACUGACUCUCUUGGGCUGUUUGAAUUUUUUUGUAUGACAAUAUUAAAAGAUAUAUUUUAUGUUUGUUUGUGGUUACACUAACUCACUUGAAAGUCAUUUUUUCUGCAAGAGUCGGCUUAUUAAGUACAGUACACUCACUUAAGUUAUUCGCGGAACUGACUCGUUUUCCUGACCCCAAUGAAAUGUCCCUUCACUAAUACGUUAAUAGUAAACCACAGAUUAACAAGAAUUUAUGAUGUCAACUUUUUUGUGAGGCUUUGUUUGAUUUUUGUUUUUACGUGAAAAAAUGUGUUUUUAUAAUUAUUUUACGUUAAUUUCGCAUUGAGCUAAGAAAUCAUACAUCUAUUGAGUGCUACGGAUGUUAUUAGAAGAAUACUUUGCGUAGUUAAGGUUAAAUUCGAACAUUCUUUGUAGUAACAGGUUUGUUUACCUUUUAUGAAGAUCAUUCUUGAACGGACUUUAUAGAACGGCAACUCACCGCUCCCCACCACACCCCUCUCGAACACAGUUUAGUCUUGAAUCGUAUGGCGCCAGACGUCACACACACAGAUGCGCGUGUACGAUAACGUCAAUGCGUGGUGUCUGUGUAAAACGAGGUUGUUCGUAUGAAGUGCCGGGGGUGUGUUUAAAGUCUACUAGGGGAAACGAACAAUAUACUUUUUUCUAAACGUCAAAAUACGAAAUUACUAUAGAAAGAAGACAGAGGGGGUGAGGUAAAUCUAGCUCAGCCGCUGGUGGGGAGCGGGGAGUUGCCAUUCUAUGCUAUAGAUGUGUGUGGUGUAAAUAAAAGAGAGAGGGUUCUUGUAACCAAGAGCAAAACACCAAUUUGUUCCGUAUGAUUUUAUUUGUACUACGUAUAGAAUUAAUAAAAUCAAUUUUCAACACUCAUAGUCAAAA